UGGCUCGAGCUCAGUCGAGGCGCCCGCCUUUGGUCUAAAGAAAUACACGCCAUCCACACGCCUUCCCUCUUAAGGUCGGAGCAGCGAUGGCUCUGUUCUCGGCCCCCUUCGAGUGCUUCGUCUGCGCGGCGCUCCUGGUCUGCAUGGGCCAUUGCGGGAGGACAUGGAAUCGGUGUCGUCCCUCGCGUCCCUGGAGUCCGAAGUGAAGCACUUGGAUGAGGCCUCCGAAUCCGUGGUCGAAGCCACGGCCAGCGGCAGGAUCAUCGCGCGGCACAUGCUGGACCGCCGGGGUCAACUGCCCGUGGCAGACGCUUCCGAGUGUCUGCAGGAGCUGCUCGAGAUCCUUCCGGACCAGUGCAGCGACGCCAAGGCCCAGAACCGUUUGACGCGCAUGUUAGACUUCGGAAAGUCGGACUACCAGGUGCAGGUGAACGAGCUCGCCAACAAAUGUAAAGAUCUUCAGUCAUCCCAGAAGCAGGCACGCUGUAUGUCAUCUUCUUCCUUGCGAACACAAGGCCAAGAAGAUCACGGAGAAAAUCAACCAGAAUGCAGAGAAGUUGUCUGCGGCGAAUCUUGAGUACGAGGAGACUUCCUCAUCCACCUGCAGGACAUGGAGACGGACAUCAAGCAAAAGGGCGAGCUCGUCGAGGAAACAUGGACAAGGCCAUGAAGGGUGGCAGGUAGAAGUGAGGGCCCGCCCGCGGGGCUGCCUCCAAGGACCCCGCGCUGUCGGGGCUGCCUCGGUGACAGCGCGCCGUUCCACGCGCGCGGGAAAGGAUGGCUCGAAAUGUUGGUGGCCUGGGUUUGAGGACGCAGCGUCCCCGAAGAGUUGGGAUGGAGCUGCUUCUCGUCCUCCUCCUCGUCCUCCCCCUCUUCCCCC